GUACACUCCCUUGUCAAUUCCAGUAGCCAUUUUAUCCAGCGCUAGCAAAUGCUAGCUACCCAAGACAAACGGUAUACUCUACAAUAGUUGUAGAGGCUUCAAAGUAAAAGGAGUUUCAUGUUUAUGUUAUAGUUUUUCCUCACAACCAGUCUGCAAAGGAUCUGCAAAUGCUUGAGUAGAGGUUGGUGUGCAGCCAAGGGGGAGAGUAUGGAAUAUGAGAGGCGAGGUGGGCGGGGUGAUCGCAUGGGUCGCUACGGCAACGAUCUCGACGAACACGAUUACAGAGACAUGGACUACCGAGGAUACGGGCACGAAGAGGGAGAGCCAGGAGGCGGUUAUGAGGACAGGGGAGUGGACGAGAGACCGUACCGACGGGACGACAGAAUGGGGGGAGGGGGAGUGAGGGACUACAACUCCGGCCCCUUCCCUGACGGUCGCAUGGGGUUCAGGCAGAGAGGGGUGCGAGGCGAAGACGGCAGGCCUGGAAAGGACUUUUCCCGUGGCCCCCAUUCCCACCCGCACCCCCAGCCCCCGCACUCCAGGUUCAGACCGCAGGAGCGGGACUACGAGUUUGACAGGGAAUACUUCGACAGGGAACCCGAAGGCCGCAGGAGAGACUUCCGGCCUUUCAGAGGCAUGCAGGAGGGCAGCGUGGGUGGGGCCUACCCCGAUUCUGAAGAGGAUAACCCUGGGGAGAUGGAGGAGGAAGGUGGCUGGCACAGGAUGGAGGGUGGUGCCCACUCUGGUCAAGAUGACUUCGCUGGUGGACGGAGAGGAGAAGAAGGAAAGUACUCAAGGGGGCCAGACAAGAGACAGCCACAGGAUUUCUCCAACCUCCCACAGACGCACGGGGGCUCAGAGAGGGGAGACCGGGUGCACGGCAGUGGCCAGGAGCCCCCCAUGGAGGAUCCCUCGCCAGGGUUCCCCAUCGACCCGGAGAUCCGGGACCAGGACUACCGGGCCGACAUGGACCAGAGCCAGAGGCCCAGCAACAUCAUCAUGCUCCGCAUGCUGCCGCCCAACGCAACCGUCAAUGAGCACCCGUCUGUGGUGUCUCUUCAGAUUCGCUCCCAGCUGCAGGAGCAGGGGAUCCAGCCCAGAGAGGUACGGCUGAUGAGGAACAAGUCUUCAGGUCAGAGCCGAGGAUUCGCCUUCGUCGAGUUUAGUCACUUGCAGGAGGCCACCCGCUGGAUGGAGACCAACCAGAGGGUGCUGACCGUCCUGGGGCAGAGGGUGUCCAUGCACUACAGCGACCCCAAGCCCCGCGCGAACGAGGACUGGCUGUGCAACAAGUGUGGGGUGCAGAACUUCAAAAGGAGAGAGAAAUGCUUCAAAUGCGGAGUCCCAAAAUCAGAGGCUGAGCUGAAGUUGCCGCUGGUCCAUAAAGAGGUCCCCAUGCCCCACCUGGGCCAUCUGAAGGAGUCGGUCCAGGGUUUACUGCCACUGCCCACCAUCCAUGCCCCCACUGCCCCCGUCCUGCCCGUAGUGCCAGCACAGACUGGGGAAGUGGCCAAUGACACUCUGAUCCUGAGAAACCUGGGCCCUCACACGGCUCUGGAGUCCAUCCUGGCCGCCCUCGCCCCCUUCGCCACGCUCUCCCCCUCCAACGUGCGCCUCAUCAAGGACAAGCAGACACAGCUCAACAGGGGCUUCGCCUUCCUGCAGCUCAGCACCAUCGUGGAAGCCUCUCAGCUGCUGCAGAUUCUCCAGGCCCUGCAGCCCCCUCUCACCAUCGAUGGGAAGAUCAUCGUGGUGGAGUUCGCCAAGGGCUCCAAACGUGACGUGUUUUCAGCGACGGACGGUAGCCGGGUGAGCGCCGCCACCGUGGCCAGCACCGCCAUCGCAGCUGCGCAGUGGGCCGUCACACAGACGGCACAGAGCGCUGCUGCCGGGUCCCAGGCAGGCGAGUACGGACUGUACCAGCAGGGGGCGCCGGCUGCCCUGUACGGCCAGGACGGGCAGGAGUACCUGGGAGCAGAGGGACAGAGCUACGAAGGCCAGGGGGCGGCAGCAGGGGCUGUCCCAGCAGCCCAUGGGGCUGGACUGAUGGGGGCCUACGGAGGUCCAGCUGCCGCUGCAGCUGCGGUGUCUGCGGAGCCCGAGGUUCCCGGAGUGGAUGCUGCGCAGCUCACGCAGACGCAGGCGCCAGCCCAGAUGGUCACCACGGCAACCGCCACACAGCCUGCACAGGCGGUUGUAUACGCACAGGCUCCUGCAGCCCAGAAGACUGAGAUCAUUGGCAAACCCCAGCCUGCUACCCCCAGCCAGCCGGCCACGCCCGGCACAGCCCUGGAAUACCAGCAGUACCCUGUACCGGAUGUGUCCACAUACCAGUACGAUGAGAGUUCUGGGUAUUAUUACGACCCGCUCACAGGCCUCUACUAUGACGCCAACUCCCAGUACUACUUUAACUCCCACACUCAGCAGUACAUGUACUGGGAUGGUGAGAAGCACACCUAUGUCCCAGCACCCCCCCAAACCUCUGGCGAGUCUUCCGGUGGCUCUGCGAACGCCCCGCCCUCCAACCCUUCCGCCUCCGCUAAGGACAAAAAGGACAAGCCCAAAACCAAAACCGCUCAGCAGAUAGCGAAGGACAUGGAGAGGUGGGCGAAGAGCCUGAACAGGCAGAAGGAGAACGUGCGCUCGCUCUCCACCGCGCUCUCUUCCUCCGCGGCGUCGCCGCCAGGCCACGCCCGUCCCGCUGGCCAUGGCCGGCUCGAUGACCGGAGGGAGUCGGCCAGCGCCGAUGCUGGCUACGCCAUCCUGGAGAAGAAGGGUGCAUUGUCAGAGCGGCCACAGACUCUGAUGGACCAGCUGAAACGUGUUGACGAGAGAGGGAGGAGCAGCCCACCUCAGGGCCUGGUAGCGGCGUACAGCGGAGAAAGCGACAGCGAGGAGGAGGGCGGCGCGGAGAAGGGGAGCGAUAAGGAGGAGAAGCUCACAGACUGGUCCAAGCUGGCCUGCCUGCUGUGCAGGAGGCAGUUCCCCAGCAAGGAGGCCCUGCUGCGGCACCAGCAGCUGUCCGAGCUGCACAAGCAAAACCUGGAGCAGAGGAAGUCCCGGCAGCCGGAGCAGGAAGGAGGGGAGGGAGAGCUGAGAUACAGAGACCGGGCAGCAGAGAGGAGGGAGAAAGUCGGUGUCCCAGGGGAGCCGGAUGGCAAAAAGAGGAAGUACAGUGCAAUUGAUGGGGUGUCUGGAAACAGCCUUGGUGCUCGGAUGCUACAGGGAGGAGUGAAGAGGGGUCUUCUUGUUCGGAAUAUCCCAGUCGAGUGAAGAAAGUUCAGCACCCAUAGCAUUGCUGUCAAGUCAAGCACCAGAACUUUUUUUUCGAUUUUUACGAAAUCCCACAUUGCACAGAAUCAACACACCAUGAGUGAGAGUCAAAACCUGUGCAUUUAAUGAGGAAAUUUUCUAGGAUUUGAACUUGUUCCUCUCAGGUCCAGCUCCAGUGACCUUGAUGCAUUUAUGUUCUAGCAGACUUUUCCACUGAAGUGGUGGCUGGUGUUGACAUGGCCUUGCAAUGUCACGCGCACAAAAGCAAGUCUUGUCUGUAUCAAAAUGACCUUGAUGGAUGGGCAAUUGGCACAGGUUGGCACUACAGUACGUGCAGAUAAGGAAUCGAUCACAUUGGAGACUCUUAACUAGUUAUCUGGCUAUGCCCCUUUGGCACUGACAGGGAUCUACAGAAGUAUACAAACUGGCUUUCAGAGUGGAGGACUGAUAUGACCCUAGAUUUGGCUCUAGGUUUUUUUGUGAACGCAUAGUGUAAAAGGUAAACUUCCGUGAACUUGUAAUGGGUCACGGCUAUGAAAUUGUAGAAUACAAAGUUUGUGACUGACUGGGAAACAUUGGUAGCAAAAAGCAUUGCUAAAAAGAAAAAUCGAGAGAAGGUUCUGAAGAACGGACUGGAAUGGCAGUCAGGGUUUGGGACCUGUUUUCUAAGCAGGACAGCUGGUUACCUUCAAGAGGGACAAUUUUUCUUUUUGAAAAAUAAAAUGACCUAAUCAACAAAAAGAAAAUUUAAUAGAAGUUAACACUAACUACUGAUACAGUCUCCAUGACUGUGCUUGUGGUGAUCAUAGCUGUGCUGCCUAGCUGCAGGCAAAAUGCAUUGGGUGAAAUCCUGCGUUAGUGUCGUCAGUCUUGGCCCAUAGACCCGUACCUGCUUAAAUUUCUCAAGUGAUCACAAAAUGUAAUCACGCUUGGAAAUUCACUGCCACUACACAUAUCAUAUCCCGCGUACCCAAGAUGGUGCUGUGUGGUGUUUUGGGUUUUCCUUGUGUAAUUAUUUGGUACUGUGGCCUGGUGCUUCUCUACAGCCUAUUCUUCUGGCUAAGCUCUCAUACUUAAUUACAUUAUCAAAGUGAGAACACUUUAGUCGUCUGUUAUUUUCCGGGUUACUGGAAAUAUUACAAUGGUGCAUACAAGGCCAUUUUAAAAUUAAUUUCAGCCAGAAUGGAAAAUAAAAUGUUCUUCUUUGUAUAGAAAUUGCAGUGCCAGCCUCAAGAAUUAGUUAUAAUCUAGAGCUCCCACCAUGGUUACAGGGAGUACAAGUUACACGUUUAGUAUGGGACACCCAAGUUUCUACAAUGAUACUCGGUGUAAUCAUAAUGGCUACCAACUCACCCGAGUAUUUCUGACAUUUUCAUUUUGAGGUACACUAGGCUGGAACAUAGUCCACGAACAAACUAUAGGAAAAAAGAUGCAACAAGCUGUCUGUCUCAUAGCUUUUUAGGACACCUUAUACAGAGUAUAGGAAGUGCUUCACUCAGAAGAUUUGAACUAUGCAUUUAGCAACUAAUGGUAGUUCUUUCCCCCAGAAUGUGUAGAGUAGCCAUUUUAUAUCUUAUGUUUUACACUAGCUCUGUAUGCAGUGGGACGUGCUGACUCAAUCAACAGUAAAUUUAUUUUAUGCUGUAUUUUUUGUAUUUUCUAACAAACAAGUUUUGUUCAUUAGCAUUUUCAAAUGUGACUUUGCACAACAUGUCUUGCGGUCAAAGAAAAAUAAUCUAUGUACAGUACUGUUUUACUUGUAUGUAUAAACUGUUGUCAUUGUAACGGAUAUUUCAGUCAUAUAGGUGUUGCUUUGAGUACCAGAACUGGUAACUUUUAUCAUUUCUUUGUUGCCUGGAGUAAAUGUAUCUCCCCUUGCCUGACUCUAGGGGAGAGGGGAAGGCCUGAUUUCAUGUAAAAUUAUGAAAUGGCACUCAGUCUGUACCUUGGAAUUUAAAGCCCUGCUUUAAGUGACUUAUUUUUUUAGUGUGUCUUCAAAAUGGCAAGCAUUUUCAUGUGAUUACAUUUAUAACUCCAUUGUAAAAUAUGUGAUUUAAAGUGUUUAAAGUUUCAUACCUAUGAAAGGUGAAAUUAAAGCUUCCCAAAAGUU